AUGCCUCUGUCCAAGCGCGUCGACCGCCUUUACGGCGUGGGUGACGGUCGCACCGUCGUCCUCGCCGUCGACACGUGCAAAGGUUGCAUAUCCGCGUUUGAAGACCUCCUCGCAACAGGCUACAAGUCCACAUCCUUCCUCGUUACGCACGAGAACCCCGCCGCGCGGGGAGAGUUCCGCCUAUCCCCCGCGGACCGCCUAAUUGUCGUCUUUCACCGCGGGCAUCACCUUCCCUCUCCGCUGCUGCUCCGCCGCUCGCGGAGCGACGUCGCCGCGCAGCACCAGCAGCUGUUGUCGACGCUCCCGCCGCUCACUUCCCCCCACCUCCCCUCGACCGCACAGCCGUCCCCGCACCAAGCCUCCCCGCAAAAAGGGGCGGCGGCGAUGUUCUCAUUCCUCGCAAGUCCCCGCGCGCGUCAUGCAUGGGGUCCUCCCACUGACAUCCUCUCCUUUAACGUCUCCGUUACAGAUCAUUCCUCGGCGGCACAGAGUCAACAGCUCCCCACUUCAACUGACAGCAAGGCUGACGUGGAAACCGUGGUUGUGGUCCCAUCAACGCCUGCUAAAGAGGUGACUGCGAAGCUCGCUCGAUUUCACGGGCGGACGAAAGCGGCAGCGCUGAAGAUGGCCGCCAUGGCUCGGUCUUACAGGGUGCGCUUCGAGGCUAUUGACCUGGAUGACAUCCAAGGAUCAGCUGCUCCUGAACUUGGCACCUGGGACCCACACUCCCAACCGCCCCAUCAACAAGCAGCUCUCCCAGCACCAAUCACGGAUGACCGCGUCAUCCAUCACAGCGCGGCAGAUGAAGUCAACAAGGCGGUGGCGAAAAUGCAAUCUGGAGGAGAGAACAAGUAUGCCGUCAUUAUCGACGCCGGAAGCACUGGUAGCCGGAUCCACGUUUACCAGUUCAACCCCAAACUCGAGCUGAUGGAGAUCGGCAACGACUUGGAGUUGUUUGUUGCGCUCAAGCCAGGUCUGAGCUCGUUUCGCGAAAACGCCAAGGGAGCGGCGGACUCGCUCCGCCCGCUCAUCGACAAGGCGCUCACCGUCGUCCCCGAGGAAGUCCGCUCCACCACGCCCAUUCGCGUCGGAGCAACGGCUGGUCUGCGCCUUCUCCCUGGCGACCUCGCUGACAACAUUCUCGAAGCCGUCCGGGAGAUGCUCAAGGAGUACCCCUUCACCUUCGCUGCCGAUUCCGUCAAGAUCCUCGAUGGCGCCGACGAAGGCUCCUUCGCGUGGGUGACGGUGAAUUACCUCCUCGGCAAUCUCGGCAAGGACAUCAGCCAGACGGUGGGGGUGGUGGAUCUGGGCGGCGGGUCCGUGCAGAUGACGUACGCGGUGCCUGAUGACGUGGCAGCGAAGGCGCCCGAGGGCUACGUUAGGAGGCUGAGCGGGAUGGGCAAGACGUACGGGGUUUACGUGCACAGCUACCUGGGCUUCGGUUUGAUGGCAGCGCGAGCUCAAGUGCUCAAGGCUAAACCACCCGGGAGCGAGGGGCAUGCGUGUCUGCCCAAGGGCACUGACGACAAAUACGUCUAUGGCACAGAGGAAGUCAAGGCACAGGCGCUGCCAACAGGAGGCAGUGCAGCGGAGUGUGCGCUGAUCGCAGCAAAGGCGUUGGAACUGGGAGGGGCUGCUUCUGGUGACGCUGCCCCGGCAUGCUCCUUUGAGGAGUGCACGUUCGGAGGGGUGUGGAGUGGUGGUCGGGGUCAGGGCGCGUCCAAGCUCUUCAUUGCUUCCUACUUCUUUGACCGCGCUGGCCAGCUUGGUGUUAUUCCUGACCCCAAGGCGUCAUCAGCUCCAGUCAAGGCGAAGGACUUUGCAGCAGCAGCUGAGGCUGCCUGUGCCACACCCUUGGAGGAAGUCACGAAGAAGUUUCCUGCGGUGGAUGGCAAGGACGCGCCCUACAUGUGCCUGGACGUGGUGUACCAGCACAAGCUGCUCACCCAUGGCUUCAAGAUUGAUGAUGGAGCAGAACUUACGUUGGUGAAGCAGGUCACUUACAAGGGUAAGGAUGUUGAGGCAGCUUGGCCACUUGGCGCUGCCAUUGAUGCUAUUUCAUCGUAA